AAUCAGGCGCUUCUCUCGGCCGGAAGCCGUCUCCUCCUCCUCCUCCCGGUUGGCUGCUUGGGGCGGAACGUGCUGCCACUCACUCGCUCCAUCAAGACACAGCGGAAGAUGGCGGCCGAGCCCCCCAGCCGAGACCGGGUGCCGUACGCUCGGCCGCCGCUCUCCGCCCUCGCCGCUGCGCUGCUCCUGCUGGGCUGCAGCCCGGCCCCCGCCGCCGCCUCCAGCUGUCACCAUGGCGUUUCCAGCGGCGGAGAGGUUGUCUACAAAGUUUAUCUUAAGGAAAAUCAUGUUCUCAAGAGAAAUGUUGAUCAAAAACUGAGAAUUAAGACUAUAUAUGACAGAAGUGUCGAAGAUUUGCUCCUUGAGAAACGACACCUUAUAAAGAACAAACUUUUCCCCCAAGCUAUUUCUUAUUUGGAGAAGACUUUUCAAGUCCGCAAACCAACAGGUACUAUUUCACUAAGCAGGCAAUGUGCAACAAACCAGUAUUUAAGGAAGAAAGAUGACCCUCAUAGAUAUUGCCGAGGAGCCUGUGCAGAACACACAAGAUGUGGCCCAGUUAUAGUUCCCGAGGAACACUUACAGCAAUGUAGGGAAUGUAGUGAAAAUGAAUGGCAUUGUGGACCUGCUGGUUUACCAGACCAAGAAGGAGUUCGAGAUGCCGAUUUUGUACUUUAUGUUAGUGCUCUUACUACUGAAAGAUGUGGUCAGGAAAAUAUUAUUGCGUAUGCAGCCUACUGCCAACUGGAAGCAGAAAUGGACAGGCCAGUAGCAGGAUAUGCUAAUUUGUGUCCAAAUAUGAUUUCUACUCAAGCUCAGGAAUUUAUUGGCAUGCUCUCUACAGUGAAACAUGAAAUUAUUCAUGCACUGGGUUUCUCUGCUGGUCUGUUUGCAUUUUAUCAUGAUGAUGAUGGAAAUCCUUUGACAGCAAGAUAUGCAGAUGGGCUCCCACCUUUUAAUGACAGUCUAGGUUUGUAUCAAUGGAGCAACAAGGUUGUUGAUAAAGCAGUUAGGUUAUGGGAUAUACGAGGUAAUAGGAUGCUGCGCCAUGACGUAUUUCUUCUGGUAACACCUCGAGUAGUUGAAGAAGCUCGGAAACAUUUUGACUGUCCAAUUCUAGAGGGAAUGGAGCUUGAAAAUCAAGGUGGCAUGGGUACAAAGCUCAAUCACUGGGAAAAGCGAUUGUUGGAGAAUGAGGCAAUGACUGGAUCCCACACACAGAACAGGGUCUUCUCCCGGAUUACCUUAGCAUUAAUGGAGGAUACAGGCUGGUAUAAAGCCAAUUACAGCAUGGCAGAGAAAUUAGACUGGGGACGUGAUAAAGGCUGUGACUUUGUGAUGAAAAGCUGUAAAUUUUGGAUUGACCAAAAGAAAGAGAAGAGGCAAUCGGUGAGCCCAUACUGUGACACUCUGAGGAGUAAUCCACUGCAGUUAACUUGUAGACAGGACCAAAAGGCAGUAGCAGUGUGCAAUUUACAGAAAUUCCCAAAGCAGUUACCUCAGGAGUAUCAGUACUUUGACAGUCUUAAUGGAGUACCAUCAGAAGAUUUGCCUUAUUAUGGCGGCUCAGUAGAAAUUGCUGACUAUUGCCCCUUUAGUCAAGAAUUUAGUUGGCAUUUAAGUGGUGAAUUUCAACGCAGCUCAGAUUGUAGAAUAAAGGAAAAUCAGCCAGAUCCUUUCAAAAACUAUGGUGCAGAGAAAUAUGGACCAAACUCUGUGUGUCUCAUUCAGAAAUCAGCAUUUGUCAUGGCACAGUGCAGAAAAAAACUCUUUUACCCUGACUGGGGCAGUGGAUGUUAUCAGGUUUCUUGUUCUCCCAAAGGGCUGAAUGUUUGGGUCAAGGACACAGCAUACUUGUGCAGCCGCUCAGGUCAAGUGUUAACUGUUAGCAUUCAGAUGAAUGGAUGGGUACAUGCUGGAAAUCUAAUUUGUCCAGCUUGUUGGGACUUUUGUGAUUCCUGUCCCCCUGAACGGGAUCCUCCAGCUUCUAACAUAACAAGGGCAUUAUCAAUUGAUUUGUGCUCCUGUUCCUCCAGCCUGGUUGUAACUCUCUGGCUGUUGAUGGCUAACUUGAUCCCCUUGCUGGCAGGAUUUCUUCUGUGUGUAUGGAGUUAAGUGUGGGUAAAAAAGGUACUUACUCCAAGACUUCACCACCAUGCUGCAUUCGUCGGGUCAAGAGCGCUACCAUAGUGCAACAUCUUUGCAGACAGCAGUCUCACACUGAAUGACUCCCUUUUGAUCUAUCUCACUACGGCUUGUAGCCAAGAAGGUGCUGACAACAGCAGCUAGCUUUUAAGAGGAGACAAAGUUUACUAUAUUUUCUCAAUAAGUGCCAGUAUUUUGUGAAUUCAGACCUUUAAUUUUAAUAGUAACAACUUUUGAAGAUCAAAUGUGCUAGCUGCAUUAGGCAACUGGCAACGCAAUCAUUAGUGAUAUACAUGUGAAACCGUAAGAAUGCUUCUUGGAUUUUGUUUUGCUAAAUCCUCUGUGUAAGUGGUAGAAGGGUGUUUGGUUGUUUGUUUGUUUUGUUUUUUUUAGCAUCCUCAAACUGGAGAUAUACCUCAACGUUUCCGUAGUCAAAAGCCAUGUAAAAAAUCAGUUGCCAUUGCUGCUAGGAACCUAGGCUGAAAUGGGCUUUUACUAACUCUUGCCGUUUCAGCCACAUGCAGAGAGAGAGAGAGGCGCACACACACAGACACAUGCACAAACACACCCAAUUGAUAUUCUGGCAUUGCUUCCAAAAUACUGUCCCGUACUUUGAAACUUAUGAUGAAUUGAUGGUAUAUUUUUCAUGAAAUUGGUUUCUUUACAUUUAUUGAAAUAUUUUAGGAGUCCCACUUCAGCUUUUUGAAGCCCAUUCUCAUUUAAUGUGUGUCAGUUAUAUGAAAAUUGAUGCACUAAAUAUUUGAAACUUGCCAGGGUAACUUUAAGAAGGGGGAACACUGAUGCACUUUUGAUGGGGUGGUCAAAAUAUUUCACUUUACUACAGUAGUUUUUGUCCUUUACCUUCAAUACCAGUGUUCAGAUUGCAGGAUUGGAGUGAGGUGGGUGGUGGUGGUUGUUUUUAGACACUUUAUGGGUGUUCAGCAGUGAAGUAAUGAAGAGUUCUAUUCUGCAUAGAUAAUGUGAACACACAACACCUGUACUCUAAUUUGACUUUCCUUUGAGGGAAAAAUAAUAGUGAUGGCAACUGUAGUAAACAAAGACAAUGUUGACUAUUUUUAGGCCAAAACAAGACUAAUACACUAAGAAAACUAUAGACUGGCUCUUCUGAUGGACAUGCGGCUGAUCUCUAAAAUGAUACUGGAUAUGUGAAGAUUUAAAAUAUUGCUAUGAAAACAGCUGUUUUUUAAAACCAGUGCAUACUGUGCUAUAAAGAAGCACAGGUUAGCGGUGGACAAAAUCUACUAGAUUUAGGGAAAUGUGUAGAACUUCUGUCUCUACAGGAUGUCUGCUCCUGGGGACACUUAAAGAUGCAAACUUGCCCAUAUUUGACCCCUUUGGACUUACAAAUAAGUCUUGCUUGCCCUAUUCAGUUUGUUCAUGGUGAUAGUUCUGAUUCUCAGAAAACUGUUUCCAUUACAGAUGUGAGGGGGCAGGAGUGCCCAAUGUUUCCAGAAUAUACCAAGACGAGGAGGAUAAAUAUCUUUUUAACCUCCCUUUAAGUUGCUAUAAGGCAAUGGAUUUGUCAGGGACUUGCUCCCUCUUUGCAAGGAAAAAACAGUGGAGAUAUGGAAUAAAAACCCUUUGGUCACAGAUGAACUUGUUCUUUAAUAGGGAGAGUUUCCAUUAUGGUUAUAUGCAUGUUAAAGAAAAAUCUCUUUAUAUGGCUGCUGCAUUUUUUUUAACAUUAUCCUUGUAAAAAUAGGGUUUUUGUAAUGUGGCCAAUGUCACUGAACCCCCAAUUUGCUACACAAGUUAAAACUGCCUUAAGGAAUCACAACUGAGAAUCCUUUGCAUUGGGCUAGUUCCAAGUUAUACACGCUGCUUUAAAUUAUAUGAGGCCUAAAUUAGCUUUAAAUAUGUGUGUUUUAAAAAUUAAAAUAAAAUAAAAUAAAUAAAUAAAUAAAAAUGAGGGAUAAAAUGUUUUAAACACAUACAAAUCUGGAUUAAGACACUACAAAUAAUGAACAGACUGAUACAUUUUAAUAUAUACACAAUGCAAUGAUGGUGUGAAGUGGUUCCUUGAAAAUGCAUAAUACUUUGAGAAGAUUUCUUAGGCCCCAGAGGUUGAUAUUGUAUCUUUUGUCUGUCGUGCAAUAAUAGAAUUUAAGUAGCAUCACUCAACAAUGAUGCUUUUUAUACUUGAACAUUUUUCUUGAUUAUUUUUUUCUUAAUAAUGUAAAAUAUUUGCACUGUCUCAACUUUCUGAUUAACUUUAUAGCUGUUAAGCAUUUUUACCAGUGUUAAUUUAUUGCAUUUGACACUUGAUAUCCUGAUCUCCUGUCUGUACAAAUGUGAAACUUGCUAUCUUUGAAUGAAUAACCUUGUCUUCAACUGAACAGUUAUCUAUCCCAAUUGCUUAGUCUUUUCUCUGAGAAUUUUAGUGAAACAUGUAAGGUGACUUGAAAAGUCAGUGCUUUCUUACAUCUGAAUUGUGUACUAUAUAGUAAGUGAAAGUGGCCAUCAUGCAUUGUAGAGGGAGAACUCACCUACCUGUCAGAACUUCAAGGCAGACUUAACAGUACUCGCUGAGUAGCUGUUUUAAUGUAUCCGGUGAAGUAAAAAUAUAAUUGCCUUAAUAAUCUGAGAUUUCAGUCAUGAUUUCUGUGAGCACAUGCAAGCAGUGAAGAAUCCAGCUGUGAAUGGUAGAAUUGGAAGUGACUUCCUGAUUUUUGUAGAAAAAAUGUAUUUGAACAGGUUAAAUCAAACACUUGAUAUUUUUAUAUUAGUAAGCUAAUGACAGGUAGCCCCAUUGUAGUAACAAUGUGAUGGCUGAUAGAUGUAAUGAGGUCACCUUAAGGUGAGAGUGAAGGCUGUCAAUACAAUGGAAAUAUCCCUUUCCAUCUCAGAAGAAGUAAUUGAAUAAAACUGCCUACCUCAAUUUUCUAUACUGUCUUAAAUUUAAAUAUUCAACAUACUGUUAACUUCCAAAUCUCAAGCUGAAUAAGUAAAAACAUCUCAGGUUUUUAAGAGCAGAAUUAGAAUAGGAAGCGUAAGCCAUUUCAGAAUAUACAGCUGAAAGUCCUAGUUUAAACAAUCAUUUAGGCAGCCUUAAGUGUUGUCUACCUAACGAAAUUGUCAGUGUUGUUUUUCUAAAAUAACCUGCAGGAAGCUACUCUCGUUUCCUAGUUGCACUUAUUCUGUGAUGUACUUAUUAUUGCAUCGUGUGUGUAUUAUUUCCAGCUUUCUUCCUGGACUAGCAAAUAAGUUACUUGACUUGCUGUAGCUGUAUUUUCUUGAUUUAUAUAAUAUAUAGAAUAUUUAUUUUGUAAAAUACUACGUGUUUGCUUAUAGGGAAAAAAACUCUCAUUUCUCAAAGGUGUUUCACAAUUUUUUUCCUAGUUUUAAUCUAAAAUGGUAAUGGAAAGUUCAGGUGACCUAGAUUUGAGGAACACAAUAGUGGCAGUGGUCUCAAAGAAUUACAGGGAGAGAGGAUAGUUCUUGGUCAGACAAAUUGUAUGCAAUGAGCAAAAUGCUCCAAACAGCCAGGCAGUUCUGUUACUUCAGUGUUCUGCUCUCCUAAAUGAGCUGACUCCUGGGACUUCGGAGUCUGGAUCCAUUGCAGGAAUCUAAGGAGAAUUUUGCUCCAAUGUCUUACUUGACUGUUGGUACAAUGUAGUUUAUCUUUUUGAUGUGCACUAGUAAACUAGGAACAAAUAUCUAAUCUAAAAUCAUGUGUCAACUGUCCUUAUUUAGGAGGGACAGUGCCUAUUUUCAAAUAUUUUUUGUCCUGAAAUUUUUUCUACACUAAUGUAUCUCAGUGCAGCUGGAGAGGUAUAUGUUCGUUCUUCUCCAGUUCAUAUUUAUGUCAAGUUGGUGAACUGUGGCUGAGCAGGAUAAGGCCCUGACUCUGCAAAAUGAGAUGGAUGGGAUGUUGUGGGUGCAAGAGUCUGUAUGUAUAUAUCACUUUGCAAGGUUAGGGUUCGUGUGCAUACACUGAGUGGUACGUUUGUGUGGUGUAUAUAGUAUUGGGCCUAUGUGUACAAAUGUCACCUUUUUGAAAAAUAAAGCUUAUUCUGAAAAAAGAAUUAUUUUGGAUGAGAACUGACUGUGACCUUGAGUAUGUGUUUCCUAUUUUAGUACAGAAUAUAAAUAUACAGUACGUUUUACAAUGUUUGUUUUUGUGAUUGGAAUUGAGGAUUAAGGGCUAACUUUUGUUUGUGCUGUUGCGAGUAGAAGUUUUUGUUUAAAAGUGUUAGGUACUGCCAUCUUAAAAUAAUGAAACAAAUCCUUGUACAUCAAUAAACACUUGUCUAGAAAAUUGUA